UCGGGAGCAGACUUCCCCUGCAGACCUGCAGCCCCAACGGACAUGCUGCUGCUGCUGCUGCUGCCCCUGCUGCGGGCGAGUGAGCAGGUGGAGGUCAGGAGGGAUUACCUGCUGCAGGCGCAGAGUCCAGUGACCGUGCAGGAGGGCCUGUGUGUCCAUGUGCCCUGCCAAUUCUUCUCCUCCCAGAAGAGUAGCACGGCCCCAACUCGCGGCUACUGGUUCCUGAAAGGGGUCAAACACACGGAUGCUCCUGUGGCCACGAAUGACCCCAGCAAGGAAGUGCGGGAGGAGACCCGGGACCGAUUCCAACUCCUCGGGGACCCGGGAACCAACAACUGCACCCUGAGCAUCAGAGACGCCAGGAAGACGGACACAGGGUGGUACUUCUUUCGGAUGGAGAGAGGAAAUGUGAAGUGGAAUUACUGUGCAAACCAGGUCUCAGUGAACGUCACAGCCCUGACCCACAGCCCCGACAUCCUCCUCCCUGGGACCCUGGAGGCUGGCCGUCCCAGCAACCUGACCUGCUCUGUGCCCUGGGCCUGUGAGCAGGGGACGCCCCCCACCUUCUCCUGGGAGGGGACCUCUGUGUCCUCCCUGGGCGCCAACAUCACCCACUCCUCGGUGCUCACACUCACCCCGCGGCCACAGGACCAUGGCACCAACCUCACCUGCCAGGUGACCCUGCCUGGGGCCCAGGUGACCAGGAUGAAGACCGUCCACCUCAACAUCUCAUACUCUCCACAGAACCUGACUGUCACUGUGUCCCCAGGAGCUGGCCCAGCAUCCACAACCCUGGAGAAUGGCUCAUCUCUUUCGGUCCUGGAGGGUCAAUCUCUGCGUCUGCUCUGUGUCGUCGACAGUCAUCCCCCUGCCAGGCUGAGCUGGUCCUGGGGGAACCUGACUCUGUAUCCCUCGCAGCCCUUGGACCCUGGGGUGCUGGAGCUGUCCCCAUCCCACCUCAGGGGUGAGGGAGAAUUCACCUGCCGCGCUCAGAAUGCUCUGGGCUCCCAGCACAUCUCCCUGAGCCUGUCGCUGCAGAGCAAAGCGGGGCCUCUGUCCGGAGUGACGCUGGGGGCCCUCUGGGGCGCCGGAGCUACGUCCCUGCUCGUCCUGUCCUUCUGCAUCCUCCUCCUCGUGGCGCGGUCCUGCAGGAAGAGGCCCGCGAGGCCGGCGGGCCUGGGGGAUACCAGCGCGGUCCGGGGCUCCGCCUCUCAGAGUCCCCUGGUGGAAUCCCAGGCAGAUGAAAUCUCUUCAUACCAACCUCCCCCGGCCCUGGCCACCCCCACCUCAGAGAAUGAAGAGAUCCAUUAUGCAGCCCUCAGGUUUCAUGAGGUGAAGCCCAGCGACCCGCAGGGACAGCCGGCCGCUGACAACGAGUACUCGGAGAUACCCAUCCAGCGGUGACAAAGGGCCGAGACCGGCCCUGGCUCACGGAACCACACGGCCUCUUCCCCGCAAAGGGAAAGUCAGAGGCCGUGGUUCCUGUAGGAGGAAGAGCCCGGAGCUCCUGGCGCCACGCAGUACUAGAACUCCAGAACCUAUUUCCCUGCCACGCUGGAACUCGUGCUGUGCCCAGCCUCUGUCCUUCCGAAUCUACCUGCCCCCGGCCUCUGCAAACCGCCGCUCUCCUCUCUGUUCCUGAGCUCCUCUUUCUUUCUUUCUUUCUUUUUUUUUUAAAUUGUAGAUGAACACAAUACCGUUAUUUUUUUUAUUUGUUUACUUUAUGUGGUGCUGAGGCUCGAACCCAGUGCCUCAGUCGUGCCAGGCAAGUGCUCUACCACUGAGCCACAACCCCAGCCCCCUGAGCUCCUCUUUCGAUUCCACAUGAGUGAGACCUGGCUGUGCUGUCUCUCUGUGCCCCCUUUCAUCUAACGUGAAGUCCUCCAGGUUCACCCACGUGGUUGCAAGUGACAGAAUAUCAUAUUGCAUAUUUCAAGAGAGGGUUUUAAAUGUCCUCACCACAGGGGACGAAAGAUCUUUGAGUGAUGGAUAGGCUAAUUAGCCCGAGUCUGUCAUUCCACAAGGUAUAAAUCUAUGGAAACAUCACAUCGUACCCAAUAAAUACAUCCGGUUAUUAUGUGUACAUUAAAACAAAAUAAAACUUUUAACAGCCUCAUAAGUAAUGGAUUAAGGGACAGACUAAUCCCCCUCUCUCUGUGCCUCAGUCUCCUGCUCUCAGUCUGGGAUGAAGUCUGACCUCCCGGGUGAGAUUCACAGGAGUAAGAUCCUGUCAGUGCAGCUGCUGGCUUGGUGGGUACUGAGCUCCUGCUGGACCCUUGUGCUUUGAACAGAAGGACCUGCUGGGUUCCUCCUCUUGGGGCAAUCAGUGCGUGCAUUUCCCUACAACUGGCAGAUCCACAGCUUUCCAGGAAGUGACCUGGGCCUUAGAAUCAGGUCUGUGCCACCUCUGGACCCUGCCCUCCUUUCCUCUUUCCCUCUUUCUGACCUUUGGGCCUCCUGGCUUUCCUUGGUGUGUACAUCUAGCAUGCAGUCCAGAGGGGGAUCGCUUGGACACGCAGGGCUCUCUCUGCUCUGCUCACAGCUCACCCGAGGCUCCCUGACCCUGACGAUGCGUCACAGCCUCCAGUGGCCUCUCUCCACUUACUCUCCAUCCUCACCGCUUGCCCAUGGAUCCCUCUGGCCUUUCUAAACCAUUUCCAAUCUGCCCCACUGAUUCGUACAUCAGUCCUUGGAUACUGAGCUCCCUCCUCCUAGAAAGCUCUGCUACUGGGUCUUCAUCUUUCUGUCUUUGAGAGUGGAGCUCAAGGGCGGAGCUCUGAGAGAGGGAAGAAGCAGCUCAUGGUCUCCCUCCUCUGAAGUUGAACCAAGUGAAUGUGAAGUUUCCCACAGCCCGAGGAUUGUCCAAAGAAUGCAACCACAUGACCUAAAAUUCUACCUACAUACAUCACCUCAACAAGGAAAGGAAUCGAUUAGAGCACUCCCUUCAUAAAGUAGACGUGAUGACAAGGAAUCAAAUGACUGGAUGAAGCACUGAAAGCUCCCUAAAUCUGAAUCCCAGCCCAUUUAUAGCAGCUUCAAAAAAUAUCAAGGAAUAAUUUUUAAAAAUCAUGCAGUACAUCUGUACCAAAGCAGAGCACUGCUGAGAGAAAUGAAAGAAGAUGCAAAUGAAUGCAUGAAAUAUACCAUGUUCAUGGAUUGGAAGACCAAUAUCAUUAAGAUGUCAUCUCUCUCCAUAUUGAUUUCAAAUAAUCCCAGUCAAAAUCCCAAUAUGUAUGUGUAUGUAGAUAUGCAUAUAUAAGUAGAUGAAUGUAUAUAAGUAUAUAAAAGUUAACAUUGAUCUGCAGGUAUAUAAAUUGACAGGUUGAUGGUAAAAUUUUUAUGGAAAUAUAAAGGUCCUAGAUAACUGAAUGAUCUUGGAGAAGAAGAAUAGCUGGAGAAAUCAGGUAACUUUUCAGCCAGAGUAAUUGAGACAGUGCAGUGUGGAAUGGGUAGAGUCUAUGAAUAGUCCCACACAUACACUGUCAGUUGACUUUGAGUUUAUUCCCUGAGGAAAGGAAACUUUUCAAUUGGUAUUAGUAGAACAACCUGAUCAAGGUUUGUAAAAGAUGAACCUUGAUCUUUUACCACAUCAUACACACAAAAUGUCUGAGAUGAGUCAUGGACCUGGAAGAGAAAGUGUCUCCCUGUGUGGUUCAGUGUAGUAGCUUCCAGCCACAGGGGGCUAUUGGGCACUUGCUGUGUGCUGCAUUUAUUAGGCAAAAGAAUACAAUGCUCCCAUUAAUAAUUUUAAUAUUAG